AUGGCGAGGCCGCGUCCGUCGCACCAAAGGCGCGCUGCGGCAUCCGCGGCACCCGCAAGCAAGCUCAGGGCGGUGCGCCGCUCCGUCCCCCUAAAAGCUUCCGCGGCGAGGCGCUCCGGUCUGCGGAAAGCCGCCGCGGGGUUAGCAGCGCGCAGCGCGGGAAGGACGAGGGCGGGGACGGGGAGGACUCCCGCCAAGACACCCAGGACUCCCGCGAAGAAGACUCCGACCAAAGCCACCCCGGGCAGGUCGACCCCGGGCAGGUCGACCCCAGGAAAAGAGACCCCAGCCAAGGCGACCCCCACCAGAAGGUCCGCGGAUCGUCGGCAGGCCGCGCGGGCCAAUGGUGCGCGCGCAUCGCGCCCUGCUGUCGCAUCCGCAGGGAAGGCUCGGGCGACGCGCAAAGCCGCCAUGCCGGCGGCGGCGAAGGCGGCGCCAAAAUCGGAGCCUCGGAAGCGAUCGAGGCGCGAGGCCCUGGCAACGGAGAGCGAGGAGGAAGUGGAAGAGGUGGAGCAGGUGGCGGAAAUGGCGGAAGUUGCGGAGGUUGCGGAUGUUACGGAAGUUGAAGUUGCGGAGGAGGUGACAGAGAUGGGGGAAAGUGGCGGGCGGCGGAGGAGCCUGCGCGCGCACAAGUCCCCCGCUUUCUACCAAGUGGCGGAGUGGCGCUCGCGCGCCGCGCGCAGGGCUGAUCGAUCCGGAGACUCGUCGGAAGAGGAGGAUGACGAGGACGAGGAGGAAGAGGGGGAGGAGGGGGAGGAAGAAGAGGAAGGGGAAGACGCGGAGGAGGAGGAUGGCGAGAAGUCGGGCAAGGGAAGGAGGCGCGCCGCGGGUAGAGCUGGGGGAGGUGCUGGGAAGCUGGUGAGGGUCAGGGGGGGAGUGAAGAUCAAGGCGGGGCGAGCGGUGAAAAUGGUAAAGGCGGCGAAGGCGGCAAAGGCGGAGAAGAAGUUUUUGGGGCGCGGGAAGAUGAAGCUUGUGGAUGUGUCUCCGGCGCACCUCCGCGCAUUGAACGCCGUGCACGAUCCCAUGGCGCACGCGCACCCCUCCGCCGUCGAUGCCUCCUGCUGCACGCGCUGCGCCAGCCGCGAGGCGUUCCGCGCAGUGCGCACGCGCAGCGCCGCGCUGCUGGCCGCCGUGCUGGCGCGCUCCGCGCGCGCGAAAGUGGCGGACCCGCACCUGGAGUGGUCCGCGGAGUGCCACGUGGACCCGCUGCGCGCGGCGCUGCUGUCGGGGGAGGUGCGGCUGGCGCGCAUGCUUCUGCUGGACCGCGACAGGCAGGAUGCGAACGGACUGCUGGGGCAAUCGGGCGGGGGAGGCGCGGGGGAAGAAGGGGAGGGGGCGGUGGUGAGCGAUGAUGAGGAUGAGGGGACGGGGGAGGAGGCGGGGGAGGAGGGUGAGGGGACGGAGGAGGCAGGGGAAGAGGGAGGUGCGACGGAGAUGGAGGUGGAGGAGGAGGAGGAGGAAGUGGAGGAGGAGGAGGAGGAGGGUGCGCCACAGGUGGGCACGAGGCGCAAGAAGCAGGGCAGGGGAAGGAAGGGGGACAGGAAGGCAGAAGCGAAGGGGAAGAGCGGCAAGCGGACAAAGGAGCAGGCGGGCGAGAAGCACACAGCAGCAAAGGACAAGCCAAGCGCAGCAGAGAACCCGGAGGAGAGCCGCGUGGUAACCGCCCGCGCCCGUCUCCCCCUGAGCUCCCUGGCGAGCAUCGGCACGGGCACCAAGUCGUUCUACAUGCUGAGCUCCGCCACGCGCCAGCUCGAGGCCAGCCGCGGCGGCAAGGAGGGCAACAACGCGUUCCUCAGCGACCCACUCCCGCGCUCCGACUCCUUCCGCGACUACUUCUCCUUCGCCGCGCAGCGCUCGUCCGUCACCGCGCUGCAGAUGAUGGCCGCUACCCCCGACCCCUCCGCGUCUGGUUACCUCAAGCCGCGCGACCCCGCGCAUCCCGUGCCCUCGCGCCUGGCGAGCUGCCUGGAGCUCGCGGGGAGCGGGUUGGUGUACGAAGCCGCGGAGGCGGGGAAUCUCCCCGCCGCGGCGCACCUGCUGAAGCUGUGCCGCGGCGCGGACGGCAGCGGGGACUCUAGCUAUGGGUUCAAUGCGGUGCAUGAGCUGGCCGUGGGGCCCCCGGAUGGGAAGCUGGGCGCGAACGUGCGGGGAGGAUCCGUGCUGAAGCAGGCGGGGUGGGGGAACCAGCAGGUGACGCCUGUCCACCUGGCGGCGCUACAGCCGGACGCGCGGAUUCUGAAGCAGCUGGUGGCGCGCGCGGGGCCGCUGGCGCUGCAUGUGACGGACGGCAAGGGGCGCAAGCCGAUCCACUUUGCGGCGGUGGCGGCGGGGAGCGCGGCGUGCCUGGAGUGGUUGCUGAGCCAGGGGGUGAGCGCGGAUGAGAAGGACCGCCAGGGCCACACGCCCCUGCGCCGCGCGCUCGCGUUUGGCCGCCCACACACCGCCCGCCUGCUGCUGCCCAAGGCGGCUGCUGCAGGAGGCACCAGCAGCGGUGACGCUCCUGCGGCGGACGAGGAGGAAGAAGAUGCGGAGGAGGCAAGAGGGGGGAAAGCAAGGAGAGGCAAGGCGGGAGCUCCCGUGAGUGUGGCAGACCUAGUACUCAACACUCCCCUGGACAAGCGCACGCCGCAAACUCUCCUGCACGUGACGGCAUGGGAGUGCCGCUACAUGCCGCCCACCAUCGCCGCAGACAUCAUAGAGCUCCUCAUCCGCGGGGGGGGAGACGCUCUGGUACCCUCCAAAGACAAGAAGCUCACCACGCUGCACAUUCUCUCUGCGCUGGGACUGGAGGAGGCGGUGGAGCGGGUUCUCUCGGUUGUUGCCGCGGGGAGUGAUGGGAGAGGUGACGGGGAGGCGCGCGUGGUGAAGCUGCUGCUGGCGCCGGACAAGCUCGGGCGCAACGCGCUGGUCGUGGCGGCGCGCAACUGCCAGUUCGCCGUGCUGCGGCUUCUCCUGCGCCGCGGGGUGUCCCCGGAUAGCGCGGACUCGAGCAGCAACACGGCGCUGCACUACGCGUGCGCGUACGGGUGCAAGGGCGCGCUAGAACUCCUACUAGCAGCAGGUGCGGAUCCCGACCGGCUCAACAUGUGGAAGCUGUCAGGGCUGUUCCUGGCGGUUCUCAAGGGCCACAUGGGCAUCGCCACCGCCCUCCUCUCCUCCCCUGCUGCUGCUCCGCCGCAGCAGCAGCCCGCAGCCCUUCCUGCUGCGCCGUUGGAGCUGCUGCUGGCGGGUUAUGCUGACGAGCAAAUGGAUACAGAGGGAGGGGAGGGGGAGGGAGGGGAGGUAGGGGAGGGAGGGGAGGGGGGUGAGGAAGCGAGCCAAGUGGUUUCCUCCUCCUCCUCCCCCUCCGCUGCUGCUGCUGCUGCUGCGCCGAGCGGUGCAGUGAACGCGGUGGACAGCGAUGGAAAGUCUCUCUUACACCAUGCUGUGACCCUCAAGCAGGCGGACCCCACCCUGUGCCUCUCCCAGGUCACCUUCCUCGUCUCCCACGCCAUCUCCGCCGCCACCAAGGACGCCCGCGACGGCCACACCGCUCUGCACCUCUUCGCAUCGCUCCGCCCCGCCUCCUGCCGCCUCGACUCGCGGAUCACCGCAGCGAUUCUCUCCGCACGCGGCGCGGAUGUUGAUGUGGUGGACGGGGAGGGGCGCACGGCGCUACAGCUGGCGGCGGAGCAGCUCAACGUGCGCGUGCUGCGCGCGCUGCUCCGCAGCCCCACCUGCCGCGCGGCCCUCACCCACCGCGACCGCCACGGGGUGACCCCGCUGCUGGCCGCGCUGCGCUGCGAGGCGCCUCAGUUUGCUGAGAACGAUCUUGCGAACGGGUACCGCGGGUGGUGGGGGAGGAAGCCAGUGGAGCAGGUGGAUAAGGAGGUGCAGGGGACACUGGAAGGGUAUUACCGCCGGUGGGGGGCGUUCUGUCGCCGGCAGCGGGCCGCUGUGGCCCUGCUGCUGCGCGCUGCUGUGGAUCGGUCGGUGACGGAAGAAGCGGCUGCGGCGGCAGGGUUGGUGGAAAAGGGGGAGGCGGGGUUCGACUGGGGGUGGGUGAAUGCGCAGACGAAGGAGGAAGGCGACUCGGCGUUGCACCUGGCGCUGCGUGCGUGCGACCCGGCAUCCCUCCUGCGGCUGUUGCUGCAGCCGGACGUGCGGGCGCACGUCGCACUCGACCUGCGCAACAAGGCGGGCGUCACACCCCUCGCCGCCGCUGUGUCUCGCACCCUGCAGAACCCCCACAGCGCGGCGGAGCGGUAUGCGAAGCAGGCGCGCAGGAUGAGGGACCAGGAGUACCCCGAGCUUAAAGCCUCCAACCCCUUCCGCCGUGCCACGCAGGGGGAAGCCGCGCCUGCGGAGGCGGAGGCUGCGGGGGAGGCUGGUGCGGGGGAGGCUGGUGCGGGGGAGGGUGGAGCGGGGGAGGCGGAGGGGGAAGCUGGCGGUGGCGGUGCAGGCAGUGGCACGGGGCAGGUGCAGGCGGGGGACCCUCCGCAGGGUGCGCUUGCGCUUGCGGUUGCGGUUCCAGAGCCCCCCCAGAGCAAAGCGAGGCACUCCUCCUCCUCCCAGGGUGCAGCAGCACAAAGAGAUUUCGUGGAGUGUGUGGAGGCGCUGCUGCGGGCGGGGGCAGACGUGCACGCGCACGCAAUGGUUCGCGUGUGCAGAGCCGUGCGCUACAUCGUGAGGAGCAGUGAGGUGAAGGAAGCACUGCGAGACAAGGCUCUGAGCAAGGCUGAGCAGGAGGAGGCCGUGGGGCGAGUGCAGGGACACGUGGUACUCCGCGUGGGAGGAGAGAGCGUGGAGGUGCAGAGAUCGCUCGUCUCCCUCCUCAUGGCUAAUACCAGUGCUGCCGGCCUGCCUGCUGCUGUGCGCGACCGCUGCAUUCGAAGGCUGCUGGCUGCGGGAGCGCCCGUGGACGCGGGGUGUGAGGAAGACGGGUCUGCUCUGCACGUGCUGGCCGUGGUGAUGGGUGCUCGCGACCCCCUGCCGCUGCUGGAGCUGCUGGCUGCUGCUGGCGAGCAGAAGCACAAGGGCGGGCAGCAGCAGCAGGGCGGGGAGGAGGCGCAGCAGCAGCAGCAGCAGCAGCGGCGGCGGAGGCGGCCGUUGCUGGCAGAGCUGGCGUGCAAGGCGAACCAAGACGGAGACGUGGCGUUCCUGUCUAUUAUCGAGAGAGCGCUGCAGCUGAACCUCCUUCCUGACCAGGACGGAGCGGCACGUGGUGGUGAUGGGGUCGUGGGGGGAGGGGUGGGAGAGGAGGGAAAUGGCAAGGAAGCGGAGAGAGGAGUGGGAGAGGAGGAGGCAGGAGAAGGAGACGAAGAAGAUGAAGAUGGGGAGGGAGGGGGAAGUGAUGGUGAAAAGAGCGGCGAUUCCUCCUCCUCUCCUUCCUCUCCUUCCUCAUCUUCCCCUUCCAGUGCUCCCUCCAAGUCUCCUUCCCCUUCUCCUGCCUCGUCAUCUUCCUCCCAGGGUCCCUCCAAGAAAAAUCCAGCCAAGCAGUAUCAACUGACACGAGAGGCCUUCCUGCGCUUCCUCGCUCGCUUCCUGCAAGUGUGCCAGCAGGACGUGAGCGCAAGCAAGGCAGCCCCGCGCCUGCGCACCUGGGGGAACGUGGACCCGGCAGUCAUCCCCAUCAUCUCCGCCAGAGCCCAGCCCAGCCUGGGCUUCACCGCUCUGCACCUCACUGCGCGCGCUGGGGGGGGUGCACUGUGGCUGCUGUCGUGGCUGCUGCAGCAGCAGGGGGCGGAUCCGCUGCGCUGCACUGCGAAAGGCUCCACUGCCCUUGCGUGUCAUCUCCGGCAGGGUGCUGGUGGUGGUGCUGGUGGUGCUGGUGGUGGUGCUGGUGCUGGUGGGCUGGUAGAUGUGAAAGUGGUGCGCGCACUGCUGGCGGCACACGGGCCACAGCAGCAGGAGCAGGAGCAGCAGGACCAGCAGGACCAGCAGCAGCAGCAGCAGCAGCAGCAGCAGCAGCAGCAGCAGCAGCAGCAGCAGCAGCAGCAGCAGGUGCGCACGUGUGACGGCAGGAAGCGCACGCCGCUCAUGUUUGCAGUGCAGGCGUCUGCACGGACGGCGGGCAGGGCGGGCAUCACCAGCGAGGCGUUUGAGGUGGAGAAGGCUCUACUGGACGCCGGCGCUGACGUGGCAGCGCGGGACGAGGACGGCCGCAACGUGGUGCAUCUCGCGUUUGUGCGGCUGGGGGCGCGCCACGUGGCGGCGGCGGGAGGCGGGUCCCAUCGGGCUGCUGCGGCAGGGGAGGAGCCGAUAGAGCUGCUCAGCAUGCUCUGUGCUGCUGUCACUGCCGCCGUUGCUGCUGCCGCCACCGCUGCUGCUGCUGCUGCUGCUGCUGCUGGUGCCGGCGCUGCUGCACUCCCUGGUUCGGCGGCAGGGCUGGCAAGCGGAGGGGGAGGAGUGGCGGAGGUGAUAGAUGCAGCGGACCGGUUCGGCCGCACCCCGCUUAUGUACGCGUGUGAGGCGGGCGCACAGAUCUGCACCAACUUCCUCGUGCGGCGCGGGGCCGCACUCACACGCACCGACGAGGACGACAAUGGUGUGUUUCAGCUGGCUCUGCUUGCGGUGCAGCUCCCUGUGUGUAUCAACCUGCUGGACCACGCGGGGGUGGAUAUUCACCUCCCUGCCACCAACUAUCGUAAGUUUCCCGGUAAGCUGGUGAAAAGGGUUGCACUGGUGGAGCGGCGGGAGAGGAGGAUGGUUGGGGUGGGUGGUACGGGGGAAGUGAGGGAUGGGUGGAGUGACGGGGAAGAGGAGGAGGCGGAUGAGCAAGAGGAGGAGGGAAAGGCGGGGGGUGUGCGGAUGGCGGCGGAGGUGUGGGAGGAGUGGGAGGAGGGUGGGAGCGGGGACGGGCAGGAGAGCAAGGAAGGGGGAGAGGGAGCAGGCAGGACCGGGGAGGAAGAUGCACCCAUGGUGGAUGCCAAGCGUGAGGGAGAGGCGGCGGAGGAGGAGGGGGAGAAGAAGACCGGAGCAGGGGCAGGCUCGGAGCAGCAGCAGAUAGAGCAAGCGCGCGUGCAGAUAGCACGAGGCAAGGACGCGUACAAGACAUCAACCUUCCGUGUGGUGCUAGACCAGGGGUGGAACGGGCUGGCCUAUCUCAUGCUGGACCGCGGAGUAGACCUCCUCACUGCCACCCACGACUGCCUCGCCAGCAGCCACUUCUCCCUGCUCCUCACCCUCCUGCGCCGCGCGCCCCCCGCUGCACUGCAGGCGCUGCAGCCGGUGUCUGGCAGGACAGUGUUCCACCAGUUGGCCCGCGUGCACCACCGGUCUUCCUUCUGCCAGAACUGGCUGCUCACCAUUCUGCAAGUCAUCGAGGCUGCGCUGUCGGGACCGGGAGUCACAGGACCAGCAGGGGAGAAUCCGAUCCGCGCGCUGCUGGGCACGAGGGACGUGCUUGGGCAGACCCCGCUGCACCUGGCGUGUGCGGGCGCCAUCACGCCGCUCGUCCAGUGGCUGUUGCCGCGGGGAGAUCCCGCUCUUGUCAACGCAUGCGACGCUGUGGGCUCUGUUCCCCUGCACCGCGUGCUAGACUGUGCGGCGUUGCACAGGAAGGGAGGGGGUAAUGGUGCUGGUGCUGGUGCUGGUGCUGGUGCUGGUGCUGGUGCUGGUGCUGGUGGUGGCGGCAACAUGCUGCUACCGGAGGUGUACCGGCUGCUGUGCGCGGGGGCUGAUCCCAACGUGGGGCGCCAGGCCAAGCUGCCUCUUGACCUGACCGCCCUUGCCAGUGACAGCAGCGGCGGCAGCAGCAGUGGUGUGGUGCAGCAGACGGUGGGGGCGGCGCUGCGAGCGGAGGUGCUCCAGGAGGCGCAGGCGCUGCGCAAGGUGUGCACUCUGCCGCCCAUAAUGACGGCCGUGCGGCGGCGGGAUCACCGGCUGACGCAGCUGCUGCUGCGCUUCGGAGCCAACCCCAACCAGUGGGACGCCACCGGUGCAACCGCGCUCACGCAUGCCGUGAGGAGCAAUGAUCUUCGCAUACUUACCGUGCUCAUGGGGGGGAAAUGGACCCCCCCGGUGCUGUCUCGGGAGGAGGAGGCUGCCAGCUCAGCGCUGAGCAAGAUGACGGUGCCACCUGGCAUGGAGAUCCGCCACGUAGGCGUGGAUCUGAACCUGGCCCCGCCCCCCCUUGCGCGGUCGGCAUACCACGCAGCAGUGGCUACCUUUGGCCCGCUUGAGCCGUCGUAUGAGAACACUCACCUGCUGAAGGCGCUGCACCGGCUGGGGGUGGUGCAGGGGGGUGAGGGGACUGGGGAUGGUGCGGAUUCGGCGGCGAGACCCGUGGCGUUCCGGUGGGAAACGAGGGACGGUGCGGGCCACACAGUGGUGUAUGAAGCGGGUGCUCAGCUGUCAGGGGUGAUGCUAGACGCUAUCAGGGAGCUCAUGAAAGGAGGUGAUGCAGCAGGCGAUGCAGCAGGCGAUGUGGCAGGGGGUGCGGCAGGGGGUGCGGCAGGGGGUGCGGCAGGGGGUGCAGCAGGGGAUAUAGCCGAAGCUCCGACAGGUGCCACAGGCACUGUGCCGAUGAUAACUGAUGGCGCUGUGCUGCCGGGGAUGUUUGAGGCAGAGAUAGCAGCAGGCCGAGCGGACGCGCAGAAAGCGUUAGAGGCAGCCGACCGGUGGCUCACGGAGGGCAGUGUGGGUGUGCGUGAGGGGCGAGUGGUGGACGUGGCAGCAGAUGCGAGAGUGAUGCGCGCGGAGUGGGACGGCAAGAUGGAGGCAGCAGCGCAGGCGUGUGGCGCGGAGGUGGACGAGCAUGCAGGGGACCUGCGAGCCACGUGUGUCGUGCUGCGGGAAGAGCAGCCUGCUGCAGCCGACGCCGGCGGCGGUGGUGGAGGAGGAGGAGGAGGGGGAGGAGGAGGGGGAGGAGGGGGAGGAGAUUACUCGGUGCUGAUGACGCGCACUGAUGUGGAGUACGGGCGGUACGGAUUCCACAACUUCUACAAGAUGCAGGUACUGCACAGCACCGCACAGGACCUCUACAUACUGUUCAACCGCUGGGGCCGUGUGGGCGACGAGGGGGAGCAUCAGCAGACGCCCAUGGGGUCCCGUGAGGAAGCAGUGAAGGAGUUUGAGAAGAUCUUUAAAGCUAAGUCGGGGAACGACUGGAAGAGCCGCGGGGAGUUCCAGUCAAAGGUGGGGAAAUACACUCCCGUGCGGGCCCGGCCGAAAAGCAAGAAGGCAGGGAAAGGUGACGGCGCGGGAGAAGGGGAAGGGGAAGGCGAGGGGAGGAAGAUUCCCAAGGGGCAUGUGGAUGAGGAGGUGGAACUUGUGCUGCCUUUGGCCCAGCUGAUUGACAUGCAUGGUGGGUUAAGGAAGAGAGGAGGAGCAGGCGAGGGAGUGGAAGGUGAAAGCGCUGCUGCUGUUGCACCUGCUCUUGCCUCUCUUCCUGCUGCUGAUACUGCAGUGCCUGGCAUUGCGGCUCCUGCUGCCGCCGCUGCCGCCGCUGCUGCUACGGGCAAUAACGUCGCCACGUAUGCUGCCGGCGCUCCUCCUCCUCCUGCUGCUACCACCACCCUCGCUGAAACACCCCCUGCAGCAGCAGAGCCCAGCCGCCUCCCCAAGGCCCUCCAGAGCUUCAUGCGGGUCAUCUGUGACGUGUCAGCGCUGCGAGCGCAGGCGCAGCGCCUGGGCGCAGUGGACACGUACCUAGCAUUCGGGGACGUGACAGAUGAGGCGCUGGAGCGCGGGCGCGAGGUGCUGGAGCAAAUGAGUGCUCUGGUUCCCAAGUAUGAGGCCGCUGGGAAGAAGAUUGAUGGGCUGGUGGCGGAGCAGCAGCGGUUGAUGUUUGAGGAGCACGGGGAGGAUGGGGAGGAGGUGGGAGGUGAGGGGGAGGGAGGGGGAGGCGGGGAAGGGGACGAGGAGCAUGGGGCAGUGGAGGAUGGGGUUGAGGAGGGCUGUGAGGAUGGCUCGGUGGAUGGUGCAGGGAAGAAGCGAGCGAAGAGGCGCCGCGUGGAGGAGGGCGAGGAUGGCAAGGGGCAGGGAGUGGGUGGCGAGAAGGAAGGGGGGGACGCGCAGAUGGAGGUGGAGGGAGGCGAGGGAGGUGAUGGGGAGGGAGGUGGGGCGGAGGGAGGUGGGGCGGAGGGGGGUGGGAAUGAGACUGCCCUUGUGGCAGUGGUCAGCACGGAGGGCGGUGAGGCCGGCAGCAGCAGGAAGGUAACUCGGGAGCGCAUCGCGGAGGAGAUAAAGGCAGCGCAGGCGGAGCAGAGGGGCAUCAGCGAGCAGCUAGUGCAGCGCAGCAACGAGUUCUACCAGCUCGUGCCAUCCUCGCAGCACACGCGCUCCCGCAUCCAAUCCAUCCGAUCCCGCCACGACCUGCUCUCCCUCCAAGCCCUGCUCUCCAGCCUGGGAGAGCUCCAGCUAGCCCUCAAGAUGCUCAUCGGCGCGCGCCGCCAGCUGGCGGAGGCGGCGGCCGGGCGGCGCGCAGCCGUGCAUCCUCUAGACUACUGCUACCUGGGGUUGGGGACGGAUAUGCGGCGCCUGGACCCGCAGAGCCAGCUGUGGCGCGUGCUGGCGCGGUAUGUGUACCGGUCGGCGUCGGCGCGCAGGGAGGAGAUUGAGGUGUAUGAUGUGUUUGCGGUGCGCAGGCAGGGCGAGAGGGAGCGGUUUGAAGCGCUGUCUGAGGACGUGCGUGCGCACCGCCAGCUGCUGUUCCACGGGUCGUCUGUGGCUAAUUUCUGCGGGCUGCUGAGCGGCGGGCUGCGUGUCGCUCCUCCCGAGGCUGACGUGACGGGGUAUGCCUUUGGCAAGGGGGUCUACUUUGCAGACCAGUUUAUAAAGUCCCUGGGGUACUGCGAUACGGCUGCUCAACACCACCACGGGCACCAUGGCCACUGGAGGAGCGGCUAUUAUUCCGAGGAGGAGGAGGAGGAGGGAGAGGAGGAGGAGGACGGGGAGGAGGAAGAGGGGGUGGGAAGAGGGCAAGCUAUGAAGCAGACGCGGUGCCUGCUGCUGUGCGAGGUGGCGCUGGGGCAAUCACAGGCGGUGUCAGAGGCAACAUAUAUGGAGGAGGCGUUGCCAGGGUCCCACUCCACGUUUGCCAUCGGGAGAACCACCCCCGACCUCUCCCAAUCCCUGUGGACCCCUGAUGGUUGCUGCAUCCCUGCAGGGCCCAUUAUCACCCAAAGGGAGCUGCAGGCAAGCAAGGCAGCGCAGCCCGAGGACACCGUCACCCACCCAUCCGACCGUUGCAACGUCGCUCUCGUCUGCUCUCGCCUCCGCCGCAUCUCGCGCCGCACGCCGCACUCGCUCCUACUCAAGUUCAUGACUUAUCAACGCUGGCGCUUCAAAGUCCGGGAUUGGUUGGGCGAGUUCGACAUUAAGUCGAGGGCAUUUCCCCGCAUUACCGGUCUCACCGUCCACCUGUCGUCCUGCCUGCGAGACUACCUACUGGCGGGUAUUGGCGCCACGUGCGGGCAGCUGAAAGAGUUAAAGCUGUUGACGGUGGAUUGGGCGAGUUUUGAUGCCACUGCUAGUGGGUGGCGGUCGCUUGCUCGCCAAUGCCCCCAUCUGACCCAUCUCGAGCUCAACUCCCGGUUCGCCCGCGAUUCAUCGUAUCAGCGCUAUGAAGACAGGCCCGCGCUGCCGCCUCUCCGCGCCUUCCGCUCGCUCCGCGCCGUCACCCUCGGCGUCCACCCAAAGGAAAUCUCCCCCCUCCUCCGUUGCUCCGCGCUCACCUCUCUCUCGCUCUGGCAGCCCACCGGCGGCAAUCUUGCCUGCCUCGCAUCCCCCUCCUCCUCCUUCCGCUCGUUUCUCCAAUCCCUCACCAUUCAAUCUGCCAACCUGACCAACUACCUCCCCCGCAUCUCCUCCUUCACCUCCCUCUCCUCGCUCUCCCUCCACUCCUGCAUGUUCAACCCCGGCGAGCUUCUCUCCCUCUCGCGCUCCCUCCACUCCCUUACCCACCUCACAAUUGACGAUUGCCCGCUGGCCUGCUGCCGUGCUGUGGCAGCAAUGGUUCGAGCCAACCCCUCCCUCUCCAGCCUCUCUCUCUCCGGCACCUCCUACCGUCUCUUCAGUUCCAAGCCCCUCUCAGCCGUGCUUCGUUUGUCGUCCCGUAAGCUGCAGACGCUCACGCUUUCGGGUCUGCCGUCGUUCCGCCCGGGUAUGCUUGCGGGGUGCAGCAGCCUUGAGUCGCUCACUCUCGAACGAGCAGAGGGGUCGUGGGAAGAGCUGCUGGGCAUGCUCUUGCGGGUAGUCGAGGCGAAAGGAGGUGCGGAAAGAGGUUCGGAUACGUCCGUGGGAGCAAGAGCGGGAGUGGGUGCGGAUACGCCUGCAGCUGCUCCUGCAGCAGUGCCGGAAGGGAGGAUCAAGAAAACCCGGCGCACUUACGUUGAUAUCCGCGCAGCAGCAGAAUCGGCGCGCGCGGACGCGGCCGCAACAUGGGGGGAUUUGCGGCGGCUGCUCAAGGCGGCCGGGGACCUCACGUGCUCCGCGCACUCCGAAGCAGAGUCCGCGCGCCGACAUCACUUGCUGCGGGGGGUAAAACCCGCGAUUCAAAUGGUCAUGAGCGCGCUUUCCGCCUGCCAGGCGGGGUCUACCGCCGCGUGGGACGCGGACGUUGCGAGGGAGAGGGCGCGCGCUGUGAAACGCGUCGCUGCUGCUGCUGCUGCUGCCGGCGCAACGGGAGCUUUCUCGGCGGAGAUUUACAGCGAGGAGGAAGAGGGAGAGGGAGGGGGAGAGGGCGAGGGAGAGGGAGAGGAAGAGGCUGAGGGAGACGCGGGGUUGGGAGGAGACGUGGUGACUUUUUCCGAUGAGGAGUAUCGCGCGGGGGCAACCCCUGAUGCGAUUCACAGCUUCAUGUGGGAGCAGGAUCCUAGUGACGGCAUGCCCGAGGCCUCGCGUGAAGAGCUGCUGGCGAUGCUGAAUGCUCUGUCGGGGCAGCUGCGCCCGCGUCUCACGGCCAUGCAUGAGAACGUGGAGUUGGUGCUUGCGGGGGAGAAUGUCGAGGGCGGGGCAGCUGCGGCACUAGCAGCCGCGGCUGGGGCCGCAGCAGCGGCGGGUGGGGCGGCAGCAGCAACAGCAGGUGGGGCGGCAGCAACAGCAGGUGGGGCGGCAGCAGCAGCGGGUGGGGCGGCAGCAGCAGCAGGUGGGGCGGCAGCAGCAGCGGGUGGGGCGGCAGCAGCAGCGGGUGGGGCGGCAGCAGCAGUGGGUGGGGCGGCAGCAGCAGCGAGCGAAGCGGCAGGGGGUUCUCCAGGAGUGGAGCUACAGGUGGAAGCUUCACAGGGGCAGGGCGUGCAGGAGAGAGUGCAGAGAGAGGGAGUGCAAGAGGAGGGUGCACAACGGGAGAAUCCUCUCGAACAGAGAAGUCAAGAAGGUUCAGGCAGCAGCAGGCUUGCAGCAGCUAAGGCGCAUCUAGAAUCCGAAAGGGCCACGCCAGUGGAAGUGGUCUGCCCUUGCCUGGCCUCUCUGGUCCUCGAAGACAUUCAGUUUAUCCCUCUCUCUGAGCUUGCUUCUGAAAAUCUUCCCUCUACAUGCCCCCUACUGGUUCCAGUUUUCCGUACUCCUCCCUGCUCCACGUUUCGCCCCUCAACCUCCGCAUCCUUCCCUGGUUCCACCAUAAGGGCUUCUCCCGGUCAGCAGCAGUCGUUUGAGAGCAUCGCCCUGGCGGCUGUGUUUGGCGGGCUGAGGCGGUUGGCGGUGGUGCAGUGCGGUGGGGUGGGGGAGGAGCAGCUGAGGGCAGUGCUGCGUGCAUGCCGGGUGUUGGUGGAGCUGAGAGUAGAGCACUGUGAUGCCAUGUCCGAUGCUGUCCUCCUCAUGCCCAAUCGACACUCUCACCCACGCCACUCUCAUUGCUUGCAGCGGGAUCACCACCGUCACCCACCCAUCCGACCGUUGCAACGUCGCUCUCGUCUGUUCGCGCCUCUGCCGCAUUUCGCGCCGCACGCCGCACUCGCUCCUCGUCAAGUUCAUGACUUCUCAAUGGUGGCGCUCCAAAGUCCCUCCCGUUUCACCUACGACCCGUCCCGCCGCCGCUACGAACACAGAGUCGCCCUUCCGCCUCUCCGCGCCUUCCGCUCGCUCCGCGCCGUCACCCUCGCCUUCCACUGCAAGGAGAUCCUCCCCCUCCUCCGCUGCUCCGCGCUCACCUCGCUCUCCCUCUGGCAGCCCAUCGGCGGCGACCUAGCUUGCCUCGCCUCUCCCGCCUCCACCUUCCGCUCGUCUCUCCAAUCGCUCACCGUUCAAUCUGCCAACUUAAUGAACUACUUUUCCCGAGUCGCCUCCUUCACCUCGCUCUCUUCCCUCUCCCUCCAAUCCUGCAUGUUCAAUCCCUGCGAAUUGCACUCCGUCUCGCGCUCCCUCCACUCACUCACGCACCUCACCAUCGACGAUUGCCCCUUGGUCUGCUGCCGUGCUGUGGCAGCGAUAGUUCGAGCAAACCCUUCCCUCUCCACACUCGCUCUCUCCGGCACCACCUACCGUCUCUUCAGUUCCAAGCCCCUCUCAGCCGUGCUUCGCCUGUCGUCCCGCAAGCUUCAGACGCUCGCGCUUUCGGGUCUGCCCUCAUUCCGCCCGGGUAUGCUUGCCCGCUGCUACAGCCUCGACUCGCUGACGCUCGAACGAGCAGAGGGGUCGCUGGAAGGGCUGCUGGGCAUGCUCGUGCGGGUGGAAGAGGCCAGGGGGGACAUGAAAGGAGCUGCGGAUACGCCUGCGCAUGCGGCGGCUCCUGCAGCGGCGGCGGAGGGGCGGCGGCGCACCUACGUGGAUAUCCGCGCCGCAGCAGCAUCGGCGCGCUCCGACGCGGCCUCAUCAUGGAGGGACUUGAACCGGAUGCUCAAGACGGCGGGGGAGCUAGUGGGUUCCGCGCAGUCUGGAGUGGAAGUCGCGCGGCGAGACCAGUGGCAGCGCGAAGCAAAGCACGCGAUUAAGAUGGUCGUGAGCGCGAUUUACGCCUGCCAAUCCGCGUCCGCGGGCGCCGGGGACGCGAGCGCAGCGAGGGAGACGGCGCGCGUUGUGGCGCGACUCUCCGCCGCCGCCGCCGCCGCCGCCGCGACAGGAGUUUUUACAGCGGAGUUUCGCGGAGCGGAGGAGGAAGAGGGCGAAGAAGAAGAUGCGGAGCUGGGAGGAAGCGUGGUGGUUUUUACCGACGACGAGCAUCGCGCAGGGGCGUCUCCUGACUCGAUCGGUGGCUACAUGUGGGAGGUGGAAACCAGUGAUGGCUUCCCUGAGGCGUCCCAUGCGCAGCUGAUGGCAAUGCUGAGGCCUCGGGCAGAGCAGCUGCGGCCGCAUCUCACGGCCAUGCAUGAGAGCGUUGAGGCGCUGCUUGCGGGGGAGAAUGUCGAGGGCGGGAUUAUUGGGGCGCUAGAAGCGGCGGGUGGGGCGCCAGCAGGAGCGGCACUUGGGGCGGCAGCAGCAGCGGGUGGGGCGGCAGCAGGAGCGGCACUUGGGGCGGCAGCAGCAGCGGGUGGGGCGGCAGCAGCAGCGAGCGAAGCGCUAGGAGGUAUCCCAGGAGUGGAGCAACAGGUGGAAGCAGCACAGGGGCAGUGCGUGCAGGAGGAAUCUCAAGGGGAGGGAAGGCAGCAAGCGUCUGGCAGCAGCAGGCGGGCAGCAGCUAAGACGCAUCAAGAAUCUGAGAGGGCAACGCCUGUGGAUGUGAUCUGCCCUUGCCUGGCCUCCCUGGUUCUGAAAGACAUCCGGUUUAUCUCUCAUUCUGAGCCUGCUUCUGGGGAUUGCCCCUCUUCAUCCCCCCCCCUGCUUCUAGUUUCCCGUACUCCUCCCUCCUCCACAUUCCGCCCCUCAACCUCCCUAUCCUCCCUUCAUUCCUCCCCAAGUGCGUCUCCCGGUCAGCAGCAGCAAUCAUUUGAGAGCAUCGCCUUGGCGGCUGUGUUUGGCGGGCUGAGGCGGUUGGCAGUGGUGCAGUGCGGUGGGGUGGGGGAGGAGCAGCUGAGGGCAGUGCUGCGUGCUUGCCGGGUGUUGGUGGAGCUGAGAGUAGAGCACUGUGAUGCCAUGUCCGAUGCUGUGCUGCUCUCAUGCCCAAUCGACACUCUCACUCACGCCACUCUCAUUGCUUGCAACGGGAUCACUGCUGCUGGGGUGAUCGGGUUGCUUGGAAGCUUCCCAAGGCUGAGGCAGUUGAAGGUGGAAGCGGAUAAGGUCCUUGAACGGGCUAGGCGGAAGUUGCUUCGUGCUGCGAACAGCAGCAGCACCCUUUCUUCGCACGUCCCAUCAACUCAACCCCUCCCUCCCCGGUCUCUCCCCUGUCCACCUCCUUCCAGCCAGCUGACUCAUCUGGAGCUCAGUUCCCGGUUCGCCCGCGAUACAUCCCGUCACCGCUACGAGGAUAGAGACGCCUUGCCGCCUCUCCACGUCUUCCCUUCCCUUCGCGCCGUCACCCUCGGCUUUCACUGCAAGGAAGUUCUCCCGCUGCUCCGCUGCUCCUCGCUUACUUCUCUCUCCCUCAAGCAGCCUAUAGGCGGCGACGUUGCUUGCCUCGCCUCCUCCUCCUCCUCCUUCCGCUCGUCUCUCCAAUCUCUCACCGUCGAGUCGGCCUACCUGACCAACAACCUUCCUCGCGCCUCCUCAUUCACCUCCCUCUCCUCGCUCUCCCUCCACUCCUGCACGUUCAAUCCUGGCGAGCUUCACUCCCUCUCGCGCUCCCUCCAUUCCCUCACGCACCUCACCGUUGACGAUUGCCCUCUGGUGUGUGGCCGUGCUGUGGCAGCGAUAGUUCGAGCAAACCCUUCCCUCUCCACACUCGCUCUCUCCGGCACCACCCACCGUCUUUUCAGUCCCAGUUCCCUCUCAACCGUGCUUCGUCUGUCCUCCCGUAAGCUGCAAACUCUCACGCUUUCGGGUCUGCCGUCUUUCCGCCCCGGUAUCCUUGCGGGGUGCAGCAGCCUUGAGUCGCUCACUCUCGAACGAGCAGAGGGGCCGCUGGAAGGGCUGCUGGGUGCCACUCCAGCUGCUGCUCCUGCAGCGGCGGCGGAGGGGAGGAUUAGAGGGAACCGGCGCACCUACUUCGAUAUCCGCGCAGCAGCAGCAUCGGUGCGCGCCGACGCGGCCGCAGCAUGGAGGGACAUGAACCGGCUAUCCGCGUCCGCGGGGGCCCGGGACGCGAAAGCUGCGAGAGAUAGGGCACGCGCUGUGGCACGCCUCUCUGCUGCUGCUGCUGUUGCCGGUGCGGCAGGGGUUUUCACAGCGGGGUUUCACGGAGAGGAGGAGGAGGAGGAGGAGGAGGAGGAGGAGGAGGAGGAGGAGGAGGAGGAGGAGGAGGAGGAGGAGGAGGAGGAGGAGGAGGAGGAAGAGGGAGAUGCAGACCUAGGAGCGUGGAGCUCGGUUGUGUUUACAGACGAGGAGUAUAGUGCUGGGGCAACCGCCGAUGUGAUUGAAAAAUGGAUGUGGGAGGUGUCUCGUGAUGGCAUGCCCGAGGCGUCUCAUGAUGAGCUUUUCGCGAUGCUAGAUGCGUUGUCACAGCAGCUGCGCCUGCACCUGUUGGCCAUGCAUGAGAGCGUUGACGCGCUGCUUGCGGGGGAGGAUGUUGAGGGCGGGAUAGUUGGGGCGGUAGCAGCAGCAGCUGGGGCGGCAGCAGCGGGUGGGGCGGCGGUAGCAGCGGGUGGGGCAGCAGCAGGUGGGGCUCCAACAGCGGGUGGGGCGCCAGCAGCAGCAGCGGGUGAAGUGGCAGGGGGUACCCCUGGAGUGGAGCUACAGGUGGAAGUUGCACAAGUUUCCCGUUCUCCUCCUUGCUCCACAUUUCGCCCCUCAACCUUCCUCUCACCUGAUUCCUCCCUCAGCGCUCCUCCCGGUCAGCAGCAGCACCCGUUUGAGAGAAUCGCCCUGGCGGCUGUGUUUGGCAGGCUGAGGCGGUUGGCAGUGGUGCAGUGCGGUGGGGUGGGGGAGGAGCAGCUGAGGGCAGUGCUGUGGCAUGCCGGGUGUUGGUGGAGCUGA